UCCUUCAAAUUUCGAUUUAAAAAACUUAUAAACAUGGAUAAUGAACUAGUGGAAUUACCAGUUCUUGUUGGAGAAGAAGUCAUUACAUUAGUUGUAACGUCUGAUGAAUAUACCCAAGCUGUAAAUGAUGAGACUUAUUUAAAAGAACUUGUUAGCAAGUCUUGUUUAUCUCUAGAACCUGUCCAGAAAACAAUAGAGAAAGUUGGUGCUCCAAAUCCUACAGUUAGCAAGUCGCGUUCACCUCUUGCGCUAGUCCAGGAAAAAAUAGAGGAAAUUGGUGCUCCAGAGCCUAUAGUUAACAAGUCUAGUUUAACUCCUGCACCCGUCCAGGAAAUAAUAGAGGAAGUUGGUGCUCCAGGACCUAGUACAAAGGGUUCAAAUAGUUCCGAAAAAGAAAACAUAGUAUGGCGUGACACAAAUGUGCUAAUGUUUCUUGACGUGUACAGGAAUUUUGAAUCUCAGUUUGAAGCAGCUGGGAAGAAAAAUAGCAAUGUUUGGGGUCGUAUUACUGAAAUAAUUUCUAAGCCAGGUUUUGCUGUAACUGGGCUACAGUGUAGUGUAAAAAUGGCCGGUUUAAAAAGGACAUAUAAAACCAUCAAAGAUGCCAAUAGUACUUCAGGAAAUUCACGUACAACAUGGCAAUAUUUCAAUAUUAUGGAUGAAAUAUUUGGAAAAAAAGGAUACAUGUCUCCACCAGCCAUAGCCAGUUCCGAUGGGCCAUCAGAGCCCUCAGAAGAAACUUUAGCAACAGGUAGUUCAGUGGUUACAUUAUUUCAUAUUUCUGAUAAAAUUGAAUUUUCAGAAACUAAAAAAAGGAAAAAAAAUUUUUCGCAGUUAAUUUACGAGGAUAUUCAAAAACAAAAAAAAGUUAAAGAAACAAAGGAAGAAGAAAAGCAGCGAGAAAGCUUACGUAGGCAUAAUGAAAAAAUACAAGUUGCAAAAGACCUUGUUACCACUCUUAAAGAAUACUUAAAUAAGUAGU